GUCCAAGCAGAAUUUCAUUGCCUGGAGGAAGAAUCCUUGUGCUUUGCAUUCAUCACAAUCCUGAUCCCCGCCAUCCUAUACAAGGGCAGGAAUCUGUGCAAUGUCACACUCCAUGCCGGGGAUUAGGGGCUGCCAUGGCGGAGAUGUGCUACACAGAACUGUGAGCCUUCCAUAAUGGCAUACACGGCUGCGGUGGGCCAGGCGUCCUGGGAACUUCGUGUUACAGUGGAUCAGCAGAAUGAGACCGAGAACCAAGAUGUCACCGUCCAAGUGUCAGGAGACCUCCAUAUCGGAGGAGUGAUGUUCAAACUUGUAGAACAAAUUGGUAUUGCCAGGGAUUGGUCGGAUUAUGCCCUUUGGUGGGAACAAAAGAGCAGCUGGCUGCUGAAGACACAUUGGACGCUGGAUAAAUAUGGCGUGCAAGCCGACGCAAAGCUUUUCUUUACCCCUCAAUACAAGCGGCUGCGGGUCCGAUUACCGAAUAUGAAAACCGUGCGGCUAAAAGUUAGUUUUUCAGCGCUGGUCUUCAAAGCCGUUGUUGAGAUCUGCAGGACACUAAAUAUUCGGCAUCCUGAAGAACUUUCCCUGUUGAAGCCUUUGGAGGAUUCUGUGAAGAAGAAAAAGAAAAAAGAAGCAAAGGAACCAAUUUUAGAAGAAGUGAUCAACUUGGAAGGAUCACACGGCAGCUCCGGAUCAUUGGCUAGCCCUGGUCUAUAUAGCAAGACAAUGACACCCAUGUACGACCCCGUCAAUGGCACACCCGCCUCUGCCACGAUGACGUGGUUCACGGACAGUCCCCUGGCAGAACAGAACUGCAACAUCCUGGCGCUCAGCCAGCCCAUCUUCUCUCCGGAAAUCCUCACACAGAUGUACCAGCCCAGGACGAUGGUGGAUAAAGCAAGGCUUAAUUCUGGAUGGCUGGACUCCUCCAGAUCCCUCAUGGAGCAAAACAUCCAAGAAGAAGAUCUACUAUUUCUAAAAUUUAAGUACUACUCCUUCUAUGACCUAAAUCCAAAGUAUGAUGCUGUCCGUAUCAACCAGCUGUUUGAACAAGCGCGAUGGGCUAUUUUACUUGGAGAAAUUGACUGUACAGAGGAGGAGAUGCUCAUGUUUGCAGCACUACAGUAUCACAUAAGCAAGUUAUCAGUAUCAAAUGAGUCAUGUGAAUUACCCACAGACGGGGAAACAGAUGAAAUAGACGCUGCCCUUUCCAACUUAGAGGUGGCACUGGAAGGAGGAAAGUCCAACAAAAUAUUGGAGGAUAUAACAGACAUACCAAAACUUGCCGAUAACCUAAAACUUUUUAGAGCCAAAAAGUUAACGUUGAAAGCUUACAAGCAAUAUUGGUUUGUUUUUAAAGAUACCUCAAUAUCGUAUUUUAAAAAUAAAGAGGCUGGCCAUGGAGAACCGAUUGAAAAGUUAAAUCUCAGAGGCUGUGAAGUUGUUCCAGACGUCAAUGUAUCGCAGAGAAGGUUCGGCAUAAAGUUGCUCAUACCAUUUGCUGAAGGAAUGAAUGAAAUAUAUUUAAGAUGUGACAAUGAAAGCCAAUAUGCCAAGUGGAUGGCAGCGUGCAUACUUGCUGCAAAAGGGAAGACGAUGGCGGACAGCACCUACCGAUCGGAAGUCCAGAACAUCCUCUCAUUUCUCAAGAUGAAAGAAGUAAACACGACAGCGCACAUACCUUCUGACUUUGUAAACGUGGACAUUAAACCGGAGUGUUAUGUGUCACCAAAAUAUGUAAAGAAGUACAAAACCAAACAGUUAGUAUCUCGUAUUCUGGAGGCACAGCAGAAUAUUUCCCAGAUUCCGCUCAUAGAAGCCAAGAUGAGGUUCAUUCAGGCGUGGCAGUCUUUGCCGGAGUUUGGCUUGGCCUACUACAUUGUCAGAUUUCGGGAUCUGAAGAAAGAUGAAGUUCUUGGCGUUUCCUACAACAGGCUGAUCAGGAUCGACAUGGCGACCGAAAACCCCAUCUGUACCUGGAGGUUCUCCAACAUGAAACAAUGGAAUGUCAACUGGGAGAUCCAGCAGGUUGCCAUUGAUUUUGAUCCCAAUAUAUCUAUCGCCUUUACAUGUCAAGCUGCAAGUUGCAAAGUGGUCCAUGAGUACAUAGGAGGGUACAUCUUCCUCUCCACCCGCUCCAAAGACCAGAAUGAAACCUUGGAUGAAGAACUUUUCCAUAAACUUACUGGAGGCCAGAACUGAGCCCCCUUUCAACCAAGGAGGUCAAAUGUGGGGAACAGAAAGGCCAACGUCGUUCCCUGGGGGUCUAAUAUUUGCAAGUGCAGACUUUGUAAUAGGCGGAAGAACCUCCUCAAAACACCUUGUACCCGAUCACUACACCUGAAGCCCAAAAGUUACAGAAAAAUGUCUCUUCAGAUAGACAUUGAACUAACACAUACCAUUUUAUAGUCUUAACCCCAUUUUCCUGAUUAGAAGUUGCACAAUCUAACCAUGAGUCCAAUAUAUACCAGACUUUGACCAUCCUGGCCAGUAGACUUCCUAACCUAACAGACCUUGGUCAGACACAUCCAACCAUUACACCCUAGCUCUACAAAUACGUUUGAGGACACGUGUACAAAGGGAUAUAUCCUUUCCUCAUUUACUUCAGCAUAGUGCACUGGAGUAGGAGGGUGCUUUUUUUUUUUUUUGCUAAUAGAAAAAGUUAUUUUAAGGCGCUGUAAAAUUAGCCUCAGUAUGUGUGGUCAGGGAAUAUAGCUAGCAUAGUGUAGCUUCACCUAUAGGAGCUCUCAUGCCCUCAAGGCAAGCAGAUCUACUGGUACUUGAUUGUCAAAGGGCUUAUAUGCAAUGCUAUGUUCACUGGUCAGGAGGUACAGGGGGCUUUGCAAAGUGUGAACACAGAGUAUCUGUGGUACCACGAGUAUAGGUGUCCGCAGAGGAUGGCUGGAACAGAUUCCUUGUUAGGAACGUGGUCACUGGAACAUGCAAAAGGCCCAGUACAGGCGACAGGGAGGGAUGUGGGCAGCAUACAGGCAGAAGACGGGUCCAGGUAGCCGGCAGAAAGGUGGUUGAUAAACAUGCCAAGAGUUAUUCCAGGCAGCAGACCAAUAUGUGGUCAGUAUGCAGGCAAAGGGUCAGUCCGGGCAGGAAGUACAAACAUUGUAGAUAAACAGGCAAAGGGUCAGUCCAGGCAGGAAGUACAAACAUUGUAGAUAAACAGGCAAAGGGUCAGUCCAGGCAGACAGAUACAUGGUCAGUAUACAGGUAAGGGUCAGUCCAGGCAGCAGUCAGAUCCAUGGUCAGUAUACAGGCAAAGGGUCAGUCCAGGCAACAGCCAGAUACAUGG